AGAGAAAACAAUAAAUAAAGAUAUACCGUGGAAACAUAAAAUUACGAAGAUUGUGAAGUUGCAUCAGUAAUUAUGCUUUUUGAGGAUUUAACAUAAUUUUUUUAAUCAAAGUAAUAAUGAAUUCAGCACGUCAUCAUCGCAUUGGAGUAUUUUUGUCUCCAUAAAUCGAUAAAGAAUUUGAAAAACUUAUUCAAAAUUGUAUAAAAUAAAAAUCUAGUCACAUUCAACGAGCACAAAUUUUGCGGUCUGUUCUUCUCUUGUUAACUGCCAGAAGAGGAAAUUAAAUAUAUUUUGUGGAAAAAUUUAAGCCAAUUAAAGCAAAACGUUCAAAUCUCUUGAACACAUUUAAUCUAUAUAAAUUAUAUAUGAAAGUACGUAUAUAUUAGUUUCACGCUCAUAUUAAAGAGUUAUACCAAAGAAUAUAAAUUUAAAAUACUGAAGUAAAGAUUUUAUAAGCUUCGCUUUAUUUAAAGCAACGGAUAAAAAACGGGUAGAAAGGAAACCAAAUUUGCCACGAAAAUUUUAAAGAUUUCGAUACUCUUGAAUAUAGACGACUUUAAAAAUGCCCUACAAUCGUGCAGACACAUCGGCACAAGCCGAUAAAUUGAGUGGCAUUGAGGAGGAAAGUGAUUUGUAUGAAGGAUUUGCACCUCAUGUCGAAACAUCUGAAAUCAAAAGCCUAGGCUUUGAUAAUAUACCCAAACAAACUGGCAAAGAACCUGCCCUACGUUCUUUCACUGAAAUUCAACAGCUUCUACAACAGGGCAAAAAACGUGAGGUGAAAAAUAUACUCCGAGAAAAUUCUUGGCCUAUUAACUCUCCUAUACGCUCUCAAUUAUGGCCGGCAUUGUGUGCUCAACAUCAGACCAAGCCAAAUAUGUUGGACGGCUUCUACUGGGAAAUGGUACAUCAGGUUUUUGGCACUACAGAAUUAUCGGAGAAACCUAUUAUGCUACCGGCUUUUGUUGAUGCCGGUCAUUGCUUGCCGUAUCAUUUAACGCGCACAGGACGCGCUGUCGCUGAUCGCAUUGUUAAUGUUUUGGGUUAUGAUUGCCCUGAUAUAACCUACAGUCCAGUAUUGUAUCCAAUUACAUCGAUUUUGUUGCAUUUCAUGUCAGAGGAGGAGGCUUAUCAUUGUCUGGCUUCAUUGGUGGGCAGUAAGGAGAAAGUUUUUAUAAAUCAAACAAAAUUAUUGCAUGAAGUCACUUGGAAAACUGUCAUGCAAAUUGCUAAGAAACACACCAAAAAUGCUUUAACAUAUUUUCAACGCAUAUGUCCCGGACUAAAACUUGAACGUGUCUUCAUGGAUUGGUGCUGGUGGAUUUUAGCUGGUUUACCUUUUCAGCAUUUGGUGCGCAUUAUGGAUUGUUUCUUUCAUGAAGGCAUCAAGGUUAUGUAUCGUGUUGCGCUCGUUAUUAUUAAUCUCUUCUAUAAGGAAUGCCAAGUGAACAACGAAUAUAGUCCAGAUAAUAUUAAGAAUGAUAUUGGCAAUUCGCUAAUAAAAUUCUGCAAGAAAAUCCCAGUUUCACCGGCGAAGCUAUUGCAUGCCGCUUUUAGUAUUAGGGGACUCAGUUCCACAUAUAUUUCUAGAAUAUUCUUGAAGACUGAAAUGUUACUAAAAAGCCGUUCCGUACUGAAUAGCGGCGGUUCGAAACAAUUGGUUAAAUCCCGUUCCAGCGAUAAUUUACCAACAAGUCAAUCCCAAGUCAAUAUACAAAUGAUGUCACACACAUUGACUAUUAGAGAGAAGGUGUACACCGAGACCUGUCGCAAUUUGCUCUUCACGCUCUGGUCAUGGUUGCCUGUUAGAAUAACAAUGUACCAACCAGUACUGCUUUAUACCACAGAGGAGCAUGGUUGCUCAUUGACCACAUUUUACGUGCGAGUGGAACAGCAUGAACCUACUUUGAUGAUGAUAAAAACGUGCAAUAAUGAGGUCUUCGGCGCAUAUUGUUCUUCACGCUGGUUCGAACGUAAUGUGAAAGAUGAUAAAGGCCAACGUCAGGCCUACUUUGGUACAGGUGAAACUUUUCUGUUCUCCUUGUAUCCAGAACGUGCCAAAUAUCCAUGGGUAGGCAUUGAAAAUGACAAAGAUUUGGGACAUUCGUCAGAACUUUUCAUGGCAGCUGAUGCUAAAAUGAUAACAAUCGGUGGCGGUGAAGGGCAAGCCAUUUGGAUGGAUGAAAACAUACGUUUUGGUAAAACGGACAGCUGCAAGACAUUCAAUAAUCCACCAUUAUGUCCGUCCCGUGAUUUUGAAAUACGCGUACUAGAAGUCUACGGUUUCGUUGGUGCUUAAGAUGGUUGAAAUAGAGAAAACGAAAUAAAACAAAGUAGUUUUGUUUGACAAAAAGGAUUGAAUUUAUAAUCCUUUAAUGUUCGAUUCUCAUAUUUGCCUGCUUAGUAAAUGCUUAAGAACAAAUUUUACAAAAUAACAUAGAAAAGCAAGAAGAUUAACCCGCCGACGAUGUCUUCUGUUACCUUUCUAUUUUUUUAUUUUAAUUUUUGUUUCUUAAAAUUUUAAUCUUUUGACUCUUGUUUUUAUUUUUAUUUGCGAGAGUGCGAACAAAAAUGUAAUAAAAUAUUUCAACAUUAUGAAGUUUAUAGAAAUGCAAUAUACGUCCUAAAAUACUUGGAUGAAAAAUUGUUAAAACAGAAAGAGAUUUUGGAAAAUAGUAGAAAACAGUCUAUAUUAAAAUU